AUGGCAGACAUGACAGUGUCGUCGACGGAUCCAUCGAUGGCCGCAAUGGCGGACAGACCAGCGCUUCCCGAAUAUGUGGCCACAAUUGACAGCCAAUUGUCGUCAAUACGAGACGGUCGACAACACUACCGAUGUCUUCGCGAUGACUGCCAUUACGUCACUAACAAGAGCUCUAUAGCCGUCCGACACAUCCGAAGACAUAUCAAUGAAAAGCCGUACAAAUGUUGGCACAAAGACGACAACGAAGAUUGUAAUCAACAGUUUUACCAGAAGUGCGAUCUCAGAGUCCAUCUGAUCCGACACUACGAGGACAAGCCAUUUAAAUGCAGUCAAAAUAGUUGUGACAAAUGUUUCACGACUCAGAAGGCACUCACUCUUCAUCUCAGAAGACAUUCACUAACCGAAGGA